AUGAAGUACGCCUGUUCACUACUCCUUUUGGCCAUUGUGGGCUGCUUCCUGGUGAGCCUGUCCAGUGCGGCAAGUUCCACAACCUCGACGGAAGCUUCCACCACCACUACCACCACCACGGCAGCCUCGGACUCAACCACCACCACCACUGAGUCAUCCUCGGACACCACAACAACCACUUCCUCGUCCUCCUCCUCCGGCAAGAAGAAGCAUGUGAUCCACUACAAGCGAAAGACCCACCGCCCCAAGAAGGUCAAGAAGAUUCAUCGCAACAAGAAGCGCAGCGGUUAA